AUGCCGUCUCUCAUCUCCACUGUGGGGGCUGUUGUCCUGGGUUUGAUUUUAUUCAAGAUCAUGCGCUUUGUCAAAAUCAACUACCUAACGACCCUUAACAUGAAGAAGCGCUACGGCAAGGCCGGUGACUGGGCAGUUGUCACCGGUGCUAGCGAGGGUAUUGGCCACGCCAUGGCUAUCGACCUUGGCCACCGUGGAUUUAAUGUGUGUGUCAUUGCGCGCACCAUGUCGAAGCUCGAAAGCGUGGUGGAGGAGCUGAAGCAGCUUGGGGUGAAGGGUAAAGCCAUCUCAUUUGAUUUCGCCUCGGCAACGCCUGAGCAGUACGAUGAGAUGUUUGCUGAGCUCAACAAGAUUGAGAUUGCCGUACUCGUCAACAACGUCGGUGUAAACUACCCCUACACAAACUACUUUGACGAGGUGGAUCUUGAGACGGACCUCCGUGUCCUUAAAGUAAACUGUGAAUCGAGUCUCCGCAUGACGAAGUAUGUGGUGCCGAAGAUGAAGGUGAAGCGCUGCGGUGCCAUUGUUAUGCUGGGCUCUGUAUCCGCUGUCACUCCUGCUCCGUUACUGUGCACCUAUGCUGGGACGAAGGCCUUCAACCUUUCGUUUGCCUCUGGCCUCCAUUACGAGUUGAAGGAGUUUGGCAUUGACGUUCUUGCGGUGUCUCCAAACAUGGUGGUGAGCAAGAUGACGCAGGGUCUUAGCUCUCGCAAGCCACGUGAAACCUUCCUGAUGGUGAACGCCGACUGCAUGGCACACCAGACUUUUGACAAGCUUGGAUCCGUACCUCAAACCUCUGGUCACAGAAAUCACGCCAUUCUGGAGACAAUCAUCAAAGCGCUACCGACCAAUUUUGUGUCGAACAAGAUCUUACUGACGAAUAAGUCUAUCAAGCGUAAGGCCGAGCGCAAACGAGAAUAG